UUAAGCAUGACAGGAUCAGGUUCUCCUUGUGGAGCUUGCAAAUUCUUGAGAAGAAAAUGUGUAAGGGGAUGUGUUUUUGCCCCUUAUUUUUGUCAUGAACAAGGUGCUGCCCAUUUUGCAGCAAUUCACAGGGUUUUUGGCGCAAGCAAUGUCUCUAAACUCCUUGCUCACCUCCCCGUUAGUGGUCGUUGUGAAGCAGCCAUCACUAUCGCUUACGAAGCUCAAGCAAGGCUUCAAGAUCCCAUUUAUGGCUGUGUUUCACAUAUCUUUGCACUUCAACAACAGGUAGUUAGUCUACAAUCUCAACUAGCUUCUUUAAAGGAACAAGCGGUUUUGAGUGUGCUAAACGGCUCUAGUUGUUCAAACUAUCCGUCCAACGAUCAUAGACAAAAUGGGAGACUUCCAUCUGAUGAUACACCUCCACAAGAUAUACAUAGUUGGUUUCAACAAGAAGAAAAUUCUUCAAUCAAUAAGGCCCAAUUCGAUCAAAAGUCAACCUUAAAUAACAAUAUGAACGAGAUCAUGAAUUUCAACUCCAUGGGAGGAAACUACGAGAAUUCGUUUCUCAAGGAAGAAGAUGGAUCGUUUUCCAGCUUCCAAGAAGGUUCAAAUUACUCGAUAGAUUCAUUGGAGAUAAUGCAAAUAGACCACAACAACAAAGAAUGGAUUUUCCAAGAGAAUACGGAAGACCUUCAUUCGGUUGCUUUUGGCUAUAGUCAUCAUUAAUGAGAAAAUAAUGAUCAAGAGAUCAGCUUGGGAUCAGCUAGAAUAUAUACUUAAUUAUAUCUAUAUAUAUAGUUCAUGUUACUCUGUCAAUUUUGGUAUUUGCCCCCCACCUCUA